AUGGUAACGUGCGACAACGAAGGAUCAUCUCACAGCGGAUUCCACUUGGGCAAUCGCGAUGAUGAUUCGCGUCGAUCGCGUGCGCCCAGUGUAUCCUCCCUAUCUCUAUAUAAGCAAAAGAUUGAUGCACUUUUCGAUGACAGUCGGUCAGUUACAAGCUCACCUCAGUACGGACCUAUGGCAGACAUAAAGAGAAGGGACAGUAAGGUUAGCUUAAGACACGAUAGUAAAGCGACGAUGUACGAAGAUGAAAACAACUAUUGUCAAACAAAAAUUAAAAAAAUAAACAACACGGUGCAAGACCGUAUAGAAAAAAUGUUUGCAGAUAUGGCGGGGGAACCUAGACAAACAAAUGAGAAUAUUGGGGUUCACAUAUUUAGUGUGCAUUAUUUAGGAUCCACACCCUUACAAAAUAAAGUGACUAGUUUGUCUGGACUACAAACUCCACUUAAGGAUUUAUAUUUUGCAUAUAAAAGAAAUGUUCGCCACAAAAGCGCAUUAACAGGUCGAUUGGAAAUAUCCAAUAGUGGUUUAAAAGUUAGAUACAGAGGAGAGAAAGGAGACUUAGAACAACUCAAUCCAUUCCCAACGAUAGCUGUUUGGUCUGCAGUGAAAUUCGUGGUACAGCCAUCAGAAGAUGAUGAUAAUGAUUUAUGUUACGCAUUUGUACCUCUUAUUACUGAUCCUGAUAAUAUAGAUCGCCAUGCAUUGUUUAGAACUUUGGAAUCAACUGAUAAGAAAUACAUCCUCUCCCACAACGAAAAUUCGCACUCACCCCUUUUCGCUGUAGUGAUGAGGAAAAUUGGGGUCGCCAAGCAGCUGGAGUGUCAUGGGUUUGUAUGUCAAACGACAGAGGACGCUAUUGUAAUAGCGGCCACGUUAUACAAAUCUCUUAUGUCACAUAUGAGUCGGCAAGGACAUACUGAUAAAAAAAAGUUAAAAAAUCGAAACGGUGUUAGUUGUAUAAGUGUUGCCAGUAGUUUACCUGCGCAUGAAAGGCCGGUACGACCACCACGUAAAAAACGGAGUACAUCAUCGUUAAGUGGAGAUAGUGACAGGGCUGACGGUUUUUCAGCAAAUGGGUCAUUUAAUGAGAAACCAAAAUUAGAACGGAACGCAAUUUCUACAGAGAACUUAUCUAUAGCUACUCCAUCUGUGCAUGCAAUUGAAUCAAAACGGAUAACGGUAGAAGAAGUGAAAGCUAAAUUAGAUUCAAUUAAACAUGAUACUAGCGGAAGUGAUACUCAUGAACUACAUAGACCUUUGGUAAAAGAUAUUAUUAAUUCUAUCCAAGAUCAAUGUCUGCAAAAACCACAAAGCAGUACUGAAUCUUCAGUAAGAAGUAAGGUGUCGGAAAAGAUUGAAUUAUUUAGAGAAUUAGAGAGACGAAAAAGUAUACAGAGGCCACCAAAUGUACCUCCUCCUAUACCUUUAAAACCACAACAACCUCCACCAGAUCCUCCUAAAGAAACUUUAAGAAGAACACAGAGUGGAAGAAAAUCUUUAAGUGAAUCUGGAGAUAUUUUGACAAAAAUUGCCAUACCGCGUUCGGGUAGUUUUCUAAAUGCUGGUGGUCUUACUCGAUACAAGUCUAUAGGACAUAGAAAUAACGGAAAAAAAGGAGGUGGCUCACCAUUAGGAUUUAACGAACUGUUUAACGAAUUCAAGGUACAGGAAAAUUUACAUUCGAUGGAUGAAAUAUUAAAUGCCAUAAUUGAUCCAGAAGGAAUGUCUUUUAAUGACUUGAAACCGAUUUAUAAAGAAUUUUUAUUAAAAUUAGCUGUGACAUUAACGAAAGAUGAAAUAUUUCAACACAGUAAAGCUAUUAUGAAAAAGCAAAAGAAAAAAAAUUUGAGAAGGAGUAACACUUUCCAAAACAAGAGACGGAAAAUUUUUAAAAGUGCAAACGGGUUGAAGAUGGUUUUUAGGUUACCUUUCGGUAAAGACGAUCGAAAAAAAGAAAUUAAAAAGCAAGUUAGUUCAAUAGAUUUCACUGCAGGUAAUAAGGAACCAGUGUCCGAAAGUUCGGUUUCGACGUCCAGUUAUGAUUUGAGGCAGUUUCGACCGAAGGAGCCACCAUCGAUGCCACCACCGAAAAGACAAACAACGAGACAGAGGAAACGAUCAGAUAAAGUAGUUCAUGUUUCCAAGCGAAAUGGAAAAGUAUCAAGACAGGGAGAAAGAACAUCAACCUCGGAAGAUUCUGAUUUUUUAACACUCAGUAAUCGACUUGGCUGCCAAAACCGAAAUAGUUCAAGUGGCUAUGUAUCUUGUUCGGAAUGUGAGUCGGAGAGUUGCGUAGAUCGUUGCUAUUGCUCUUUAAAACGAGAUUGUAAAUCAAAAUGUUACUGCUCUGCGGUUGAAACUAGUAAAGAUUUUCCUAAAGCGAGGCUCUCAAGUAAAAGCUGUAAAGAUUGUACCAAAGAGGUAUACGACGCUGAUUACAGCUACUGUUCCUGUGAUUCUGAGAGUUGUGCUGAUAGCAACAAAUGCUAUUGCACUAGCCCUCGUCGUGCUGCAAUGAAGAGUUCUCAAAGUUUAGAGUACUUAAGAAGUCCAUCGCAACGGACGUACUCAGAUCGAAUGAAACGCGCCUUUGAUAACUCCGAUUCAAAGUUGAUGAGGCCUAGAUCAAGCUCCGUACUGAGUAGACGUCGUGAGGAUCGCAGUAGACGAGCUCGCAGUUCCGACAAUCUCGCGCUGGACUACGAGUUACUUCUGCAGAACAAGACCCGCGAUACCAGGCCACGCAACAUGCAGAGACUUACCGUUAGAAGUACUGGCGCAGGUUCCCACGACGCGCUAAGUGUCAAAAAAUCAGCAGAAAUGGCGGCACUUUUCGCAGACGUCCGUCUUUCCCAAAGAACUGACGUACGUGCUUUGUCAGGAGGUUGCAGGUCUCGACCUCCGCUACUACCACCUUCUCCACCCAGGCCUGCGCCUCAAUUAGCUCGGAUGUUCGACCACCGGCCUUUAAGCAGAAACGCUAGUCUUGAAGACACUUUGGGAUAUUUACCAUAA